CUGAUGUUGAAAUAAAGCCUACACAUCUGGAUUGCUGCUGAAAGAAGGAGAGCUCGGACAGAUCGAGCAUGUCCAAGGCGCUGAAGAGAAAGAAGCACUGGUCGGCUAAAGUAAAGGAGUGCGCGGUGUCGUGGGGAGGAACGGGCGAGUUCGGCUCGGUGGUAGAACUGCUCGGGGGAGCCGAACAUGGCCUCUUUCCUUUCCUCGGCCACAUGGACCUGGACGCACUGGUGUGUCAUGUCGGCUCGCUGCCCUAUUAUGGAGACGUGCUGCUGGAGGUGAAUGGUACACCCGUCAGCGGCCUCACCAACCGAGACACGCACGCUGUGAUCCGCCACUUCAGAGAGCCCAUCCGCAUCAAGACCGUCAAACCCGGCAAAGUGCUGAAUACUGAUUUGAGGCACUACCUCAGCCUGCAGUUCCAAAAAGGAUCGCUGGACCACAAGUUACAGCAAAUCAUCCGAGACAACCUUUACCUGCGCACCAUACCAUGUACGACCAGGCUGCCGAGAGAUGGUGAGGUACCAGGAGUGGACUAUAACUUUAUCAGUGUUAGUGAUUUCAGGAUCUUGGAGGAAAGUGGUCUACUUCUUGAGAGUGGAACUUACGAUGGCAACUACUAUGGCACCCCUAAACCCCCUGCAGAGCCCAACUUGGUUCAGCCUGACCUGGUGGACCAAGUCUUGUUUGAGGAAGAGUUUGGCACAGAAGUUCAACGGAAGCGCACUGCCUCUGUCAGCAAGAUGGACCGCAAGGACAGCGUUGUGCCUGAGGAGGAGGAUGACGAGGAGCGGCCAGCGUUGCCAAAUGGCAUUCCAGAGGGAAGUGAAGAGUGGAGGAGGCCGGUGCCCAGCUACACUCAGUCGAACAGCAGCAGCAGUGUUCGUGGAGGUGGUGGCAGUGGUGGAGAACUUGUUCGAACCUGGAACUCUCUCCCCAGAGACGAAAGCCUCGAACCCCUACCUUACAACUGGGAGAUGGCCUACACAGAGACAGGCAUGGUGUACUUCAUUGACCACAACACCAAGUCUACCACAUGGCUGGACCCUCGCCUUGUCAAGAAAGCCAAAUCACCAGAACAGUGUGAGGAUGGAGAGCUACCAUAUGGCUGGGAGGAGAUUGAGGAUGCACAGUAUGGCACAUACUACGUAGAUCACAUAAACCAAAGAACCCAGUUUGAGAACCCAGUUUUGGAAGCAAAAAGGAAACUUGCACAGGAGGCUGCAGCUGCUGCACAGAGCCAAAAGGGGGCAGCACCUGCUUCAGGUGCUGAAGGAGGUACACCAGGUUUCACUAGUGACCCCACUCAGCUGAAGGGCGAGUUAUACCACACAGCUCUGAAAAAGAGUUCUCAGGGCUUUGGCUUUACUAUUAUUGGUGGAGAUCGGCCUGAUGAGUUCCUGCAGGUGAAGAACGUCCUAUCAGACGGACCAGCUGCGCAAGACAACAAGAUGGCCUCUGGUGACGUCAUUGUGGAAAUUAAUGGCACCCUGGUGCUGGGUAAAACCCACUCUGAUGUGGUGCAGAUGUUCCAGUGCAUCCCCAUUAACCAGUAUGUAGACAUGGUGCUGUGCCGUGGAUACUCGUUGCCUCCAGAUGUGCAGGAAGACACCGAGGACCUUCCCCCUCCUCCUCCUCCGCCCCCCACAGCAGGCGAGGUGGUUACAGCUGUACCUCUGAUCAAUGGGCAGCCACUGCUGGUGAAGGGUGACGCUUUGCAUGGUUCCUCCCAGGAGCUUCACUAUCUAACCACCGAUGCAAAUGGACGGCCAGUGGUGGCAGCCCUGCCCAGUGUACCCACUGGUGCCAAUGAGAAGCCUGAGGGUGGUAUGCUACAGCCAGAGCUAGUCACUGUGCCCCUGGUGAAAGGACCCGGAGGGUUCGGUUUUGCCAUCGCUGACUGCCCCCUGGGCCAGAAGGUGAAGAUGAUCCUGGAUGCACAGUGGUGCUGUGGCUUAAACAAGGGUGAUGUCAUCAAAGAGAUCAACAGGCAGAACGUGCAGACGCUGAGCCACGCACAGGUGGUGGACAUACUGAAGGAGUUGCCUGUGGGGAGUGAGGUCAACCUGCUGGUGCUUAGAGGAGGUCAGACGUCUCCAAUAAAGAGUCUGAGACCUAGACAGGAAAUAAGUGCCAGCUUGGAGACCUUGGACCGUUGCCAUGAUGUUGGAGCUCCUCAGGCACUCGCCUAUUACUCAAGCACGUUGCCCUGUAGCUCUCCCAGACAAGACUCCAUGCGUCGCCCUGCCAAGUCUAAAGCCGCUCUAGACAACACUCCCGUAUCUCAGUAUAAAGAUCUGGAUGUUUUUAUAAAGAGGGAUCAAGACACAGGGUUUGGCUUUCGUGUACUUGGUGGAGAAGGACCAGAACAGCCAGUUUACAUAGGAGCCAUUAUACCACAAGGAGCAGCAGAGAAACAUGGCCGUUUGUGGGCAGGCGAUGAGCUGAUGGCUAUUGACGGGAUCAUCGUGAAUGGAAAAUCUCACAAACAAGUGCUGGAUCUGAUGACCAAUGCCGCUCGCAAUGGACAGGUGCUGCUGUCUGUACGCCGAAAGGUCAUCUUCAGGGAUGCAGCUGAUGAUAAUGGGGCACAGAACGUGGCUCCGGAGCUUAUGAAUGGUUCUCCCAGAAGCCCACGCAUUCAAGUCAAAAGUGCUCUGGACCAUGAAAUGUUUGAUAUUACACUUCACCGAAGAGAUAAUGAAGGCUUCGGCUUUGUCAUCCUCACUUCGAAAAGCAAACCCCCACCUGGAGUAAUCCCUCAUAAGAUUGGUCGUAUCAUCGAGGGCAGUCCGACAGAUAGAUGUGGCCUGUUGAAUGUGGGCGACCGAAUAUCUGCUGUUAAUGGCCAGUCCAUAAUCGAGCUCUCUCAUAACGACAUCGUUCAGCUUAUCAAAGAUGCCGGCAGUACUGUCACGCUGUCUGUGGUUCCUGAGGAUGAAUACAAAGGCCCACCAUCAGGAGCCAGUUCAGCCAAACAGAGUCCAGCACUUCAGCACAGGACUCUGAAAUCCAGCACACAGGAUGAAAGGUAUAAUCUUGACAGAGAGGAGCUCAGGGACGAGCUGGCCUGGACGGAUUAUAAAACUCUCCCUUUGAGUGAAAAAGGAAUGCUGUGUGUUACGGGUUCCAAACAGGGCUGUAUUCUUGUGGAGCUGGAGCGUGGUCCUCGUGGUUUCGGCUUCAGUCUCAGAGGAGGGACGGAGUAUAACAUGGGUCUGUACAUUCUGCGAUUGGCCGAGGAUGGACCUGCACUUCAGGAUGGCAGGAUUCAGGUUGGAGAUCAGAUAGUGGAGAUCAACGGUGAGCCCACACAAGGAAUCAGUCACACCAGAGCUAUUGAGCUCAUUCAGUCUGGAGGGAACAAAGUACUGCUGCUGCUGAGACCUGGGCAGAGCCCAGUGGCCGACAACAGCUGUGCAGCAGUUGAUCCUCAAGUCUCUUCACUUCAAAGCCCUCCCAGUGACACAUUACUAUCAGACCCACAACUGUUUGAUGACUCAGCCUUUUCAUUUAGUUUACCCCCUGUAUCUUCAGUGGAGAAAAAGGAAGACAGAGAUGGAAAAGACCCCUCUGCCCUCUCUCCAAGCCUUCCACAAACCAGGGAGAGUCUAUCACCUCGCCGCAAAGGCAGGAGCAAAGAAAGGAGGACUAAACAUCUACACUCGACCUCUCCGUCAACACCGGAGGCCAGAAAUAUCGAGAGAAGUCGGUCAAGAGAGAAAAACAUUGACUCUAGAAGCCCUGAAAGAAAACUAAAUGAUUUCUCUAAACCCCAAAAUCAAUCUAGCAAGUCUCGGAGAUCCAAAGAGAAUCAACAACAAAGUACUCAAGGUUCUGCCAGGCACAGAAAAUCUAGCAAACAACAACGAAGCCGCACAAAGAGUCCGGGAAAAAUGAAUCACGAGGGGCAGGAAGUGCCAGCUAAUCAAAUAAAAGUAAAUAUUUCAAAAAAGGAUGGCAGUGAAUGGGCAGGAAGGGAUCAUUCAAGUGGGAUGCGACAAAACAAGAGAGAGGGAAGGGACAGGAAGACAACAAAACAAGCAAAAGAACUGGAGAAUAAAAAUGGUGAAGGGGAGGUGGAGGUAACAAGCAAAUCGAGAAGAAAGAAAAAGCCGCAAGGGCGGCAGCAAAACAGAGACACCAGCAGAUCCAGAGACAAGAUCAAUGGAUAUCAUGAACCUCAAGAAGCAACACAAAUUCAUCAGAGGAGGAGUAAAGAAUUACAGAGCGAGUCAAAACUAAAUUCAGAUAUAACAGACCUGAAAAAAAGCCAGGAAGACCUGACCCUUACUGAUGAUCCAUAUAGGAAGUUUAUGGCCAGCAAAAUGCUUCAGAUCAACCCUGGACCCUGGAGGAUCCCAAGCUUCGGACGCAUUCUCACUCACGAAGAGGUGAUGCGGGAUUUUCAAGAGUAACCAUUCCUAAAUGUGGAUUUAAUUGCUAAUACUAGGAUACUUUAGUGAUCUGUCCUUCCGAUUACGAUCACAAAGAGCUGUAUUCAGAGUUGGCAAGUAAUGCCUGGUUCACACUACACGAUUUUUGCCCUGAUUUUGGCUCACCGACUGGUCUGUGCUAGAUUUGCCGGCACGGGAGCAACUCGGUGUUCACUCACGAUCGAAACUCGGCUCUAACUCGCUAUGUGUGAACUACUCAACAACAAGCUUGUCAAAUAUCUGGAUCCGAGUUCCCUGACAGGCAAUGAGUGCUAUGUCGAACAGCCAAUGAGAACGCAAUAUCCGGUGUGAGGGGAAACGCAGGGGAGGAGUUGUAAAAAGGUGGGACGGGCAUAAUAUAGUUAAUAUCAGAAUACAUCGGCACACACAAGUUUUA